AUGGACAGCAUCACGAAACCCACGCACCUGACCUUCCAGCAUGAUGGCUCCCUUACGAGACUAGAGACCAAUGUUGUCGCCGUGGUCUCACUUACACAACUCGACGAGCAAGAUCGAGCACUUUUCAAGCAAGACAACGACGAAAAGUGGCAAAUCGUCCUCACAGAAGCCACCAUCUUCCAUCCUCAAGGCGGCGGCCAGCCCUCAGACACAGGCCUCAUCACAUCCUCCUCAUUCGAAAGUUCUAUCUUCAACGUCAUCGUAGCCAGAACAUCCAGGCCACGGUAG